AUGUCAGCGGCAAGGCUUGGCGAUUUCGCAGGACAAGGAACCGUGCACGAGGAGCUUCUGUGGGCUGCUGCCGGCGGCAUCGUCUAUGGUGCAACCGCCACUCUGCUGGGCCAGCCUCUGGACACCAUCAAGACGAAGAUGCAGACUGAUCGGCUCACCGGCAGAGCAUCCGGUCGUCCGGGCACGCUGCAAGUUGCCCGCCAGAUCCUGCAGACUGCUCACGAAAGGACAGCUGGCGAGCUUGCGCACUCCCGACCUGUUCGGAAAGUAGCUGGCUUCUACAGAGGUUCGUUGCCUGUCCUCUGUGGCUCCGUCAUCUUCAGAUCCGUGCCCUUUACAGUGUACUCGGGAGUUUACGCCUCCUUGCCAGCUUCCUUCGGAACCUUGGAUCCCCUGCUCGGCGUCGAGGGACGGAUCUGGCUCAGCGGCGCCGUAGCAGGAUUGGGCCGCGCGGUGGUGGAGAACCCCUUUGAGGUCUUGAAGACCCAGAAGCAGGUCAGGGGCCUGGACUACCAGCAAAUCUUGAAAGCCCGGUGUCUUUGGCAAGGCCUCUCUGCGACGUGCAGCCGCAACGUGGUCUUGGUCACGCUCUUCUUCGUCCUUUCUGACAGGUUGAACCGCUCCAGAGAGCUGGUAAACCUCCUAGACUUCCGGCAGCAUCCCUUCUUGCGAGGCUGCAUAGUGACAAGCUGCUGUUGGCUCGUCGCUUGGCCGCUGGACGUGAUAAAAAGCCAGCUGCAGAGCGAGGUGGUGGGCUCCCGGGCCGCGCUGGAUGCGACAGGUGUUGGCAGACUCCGUGGACUGCUGGUGCGGGCGUGGCAGCAGGGACGAUUCUAUCGCGGUCUCCCUGCCGGGCUUCUUCGCGCAUGCUUGGCCAACGGCGCUGCCAUGUCAGCUCACCAGAUGCUGCAGCAACUUCGAGCAGGCACCGAGAGCCUGAAGUCCUUGCCCUCCGCUUCCAUUCUCAAGAGCCUUCGACAUGAUGGCAGAGAACACGCCACGCCUGAGCGGCCAGAGUGGAGCACACAGGCACGAUCAGGCAAGCAAGUCCAAGCAGACACAUCGGGGCGCGCAGGGACCUUGGGAUCAUCGCAAGGUUGCAGCCGUGUCGGUGACGAGCGCAGGCCCACCCUGCCGCGGGAGAAGGCAGAUGCUGCGGCGACAACAGCGAGAGGGCCAAGGUUUCUGCUGGCCGAGGGCUCGGAGAUGGAUGUGAGGGAGCCGCCCCGACAGGCAUGGCGGGAGGCGAAGUUGUUGAGACCGCUCCCAGCGCGUUACACCCCUUUGCGUUGCUACGAGUGGCCACCGUCACAGGUGACAUCGUCGACGGCCAACUCUUUGGCCGAUGCAGCAGCAAAGAAGUGCGCGGCCUUUCGACCUUCAAAGACUCCCGGCUACCCCGAGCGCUUCAGUCUGAUGAACGAGUGCUUCGGCAAUCGCGCCUUCAAAGUGCUCCCUCCCAGCUGGUCAGAUCCAGGCAGCCAGGAGCGGCCGUCGAGCAGGGCCUCGGCUCCAGCCAAGGUGACCGAGACGACUCCAACUCCGCGGAGCCCGGGCCCGGCGAGGUGCCCAUUGCACCUGGACGCCCUCGCUCGAGGUAAGCACAUGCUGCUCUGGAGCGACGGUCCAUGA